AAAUUUACCAAGUGCUGACAUUUUGUGCGACUAUAUACGCAGAUUGUGAGAGCUAUUGUGCACCAUUUGAACGUAUACACACACACAAAAACACAUUUAACUUCGUAAAGGCACCAAACACCGCUUAUUUUAAAGUACAUUUUCAGUAAAUUCAACGUGUUCAGAGUGGGACCCGGUGGGGUUGAAGACACCAUGGAGUACAAAGAUUUGAUUUACUCUGUUUUAGUGCUUAUUCUGGUCCUUCGGACUGGUACAUGUCGAUCGACUGGAGCACCAAGUCAGGCCUGUUCAUCUCUGACGCCAAGCCAUCCUGGAUCCUCACAGCCAAGCAAUACAAGUCCGUACCAACUAGAGCUGGUUUCUGGCAAUACCUAUGCUGCAGGAGGAACAGUAACAGUUCGUCUUAGCGCCAACCCUAGCAUGACCACCUUCAAGGGCGUCAUUAUGCAGGCCCGCCAGGUCACUGAUGGUUCUGUCGUGGGUUCUUGGCAGCUAUCAGGCAGCGAUUAUCAGCACCUUGCAUGCCCAGGAGCUACCGAUGGUCAAGGGACUAUCACACACACAGACGGACAGCUCGUCAAGACACUGCCGGUAACAUUCACUUGGAAUGCUCCAGUUCAGCUAGUUGGUGAUCUGGAAUUUCAGUUUUCGGUUGUCCAGGAAUACGUAACGUAUUGGACAAAUAUGAAGUCCUCCAUCGUUGCUCCAGCAGCAAACCCUUGCAUUUCCAACCCAUGUCAGAAUGGGGCAACAUGUUUACCAGGAACCAAUAGCCAUACCUGCGUUUGUGAUGCAGGCUUUACUGGACUAAACUGUCAAACUGCAAGCCCAACACCUCCUUGUUUUUCAAACCCAUGUCUGAAUGGGGCAACAUGUUUGACUGGAACCAAUAGCUAUGUCUGUCAAUGUGCUACAGGCUUCACUGGAACAAACUGUCAAACUGCAACAAGCCCAACACCUCCUUGUCUUUCAAACCCAUGUCUGAACGGGGCAACAUGUUUGACUGGAACCAGUAGCUAUGUCUGUACAUGCACUGCAGGCUUUACAGGAACAAACUGUCAAACUUCAAGUCCAACACCUUGUCUUUCAAACCCAUGUCUGAACGGAGCAACUUGCUCACCAGGAACCAAUAGCUAUACCUGUGUUUGUGAUGCAGGUUUUACUGGAAUAAACUGUCAAACUGCAACAAGCCCAACACCUCCUUGUCUUUCAAACCCAUGUCUAAAUGGGGCAACAUGUUUGACUGGAACCAAUAGCUAUGUCUGUACAUGCACUGCAGGCUUUACAGGAACAAACUGUCAAACUGCAACAAGUCCAACACCUCCUUGUCUCUCAAACCCAUGUCUGAAUGGGGCAAUAUGUUUGACUGGAACCAAUAGCUAUGUCUGUCAAUGUGCUACAGGCUUCACUGGAACAAACUGUCAAACUUCAAGUCCAACACCUUGUCUUUCAAACCCAUGUCUGAACGGAGCAACUUGCUCACCAGGAACCAAUAGCUAUACCUGUGUUUGUGAUGCAGUUCGUCUUAGCGCCAACCCUAGCACGACCACCUUCAAGGGCGUCAUCAUGCAGGCCCGCCAGGUCCUUGAUGGUUCUGUCGUGGGUUCUUGGCAGCUAUCAGACAGCAAUUAUCAGCACCUUGCAUGCCCAGGAGAUACCGAUGGUCAAGGGACUAUCACACACACAGACGGACAGCUCGUCAAGACACUGCCGGUAACAUUCACUUGGAAUGCUCCAGUUCAGCUAGUUGGUGAUCUGGAAUUUCAGUUUUCGGUUGUCCAGGAAUACGUAACGUAUUGGACAAAUAUGAAGUCCUCCAUCGUUGCUCCAGCAGCAAACCCUUGCAUUUCCAACCCAUGUCAGAAUGGGGCAACAUGUUUACCAGGAACCAAUAGCCAUACCUGCGUUUGUGAUGCAGGCUUUACUGGACUAAACUGUCAAACUGCAAGCCCAACACCUCCUUGUUUUUCAAACCCAUGUCUGAAUGGGGCAACAUGUUUGACUGGAACCAAUAGCUAUGUCUGUCAAUGUGCUACAGGCUUCACUGGAACAAACUGUCAAACUGCAACAAGCCCAACACCUCCUUGUCUUUCAAACCCAUGUCUGAACGGGGCAACAUGUUUGACUGGAACCAGUAGCUAUGUCUGUACAUGCACUGCAGGCUUUACAGGAACAAACUGUCAAACUUCAAGUCCAACACCUUGUCUUUCAAACCCAUGUCUGAACGGAGCAACUUGCUCACCAGGAACCAAUAGCUAUACCUGUGUUUGUGAUGCAGGUUUUACUGGAAUAAACUGUCAAACUGCAACAAGCCCAACACCUCCUUGUCUUUCAAACCCAUGUCUAAAUGGGGCAACAUGUUUGACUGGAACCAAUAGCUAUGUCUGUACAUGCACUGCAGGCUUUACAGGAACAAACUGUCAAACUGCAACAAGUCCAACACCUCCUUGUCUCUCAAACCCAUGUCUGAAUGGGGCAAUAUGUUUGACUGGAACCAAUAGCUAUGUCUGUCAAUGUGCUACAGGCUUCACUGGAACAAACUGUCAAACUUCAAGUUCAACACCUCCGUGUCUUUCAAACCCAUGUCUGAAUGGGGCAACAUGUUUGACCGGAACCAGUAGCUAUGUCUGCACAUGCACUGCAGGCUUUACAGGAACAAACUGUCAAACUUCAAGUCCAACACCUUGUCUUUCAAACCCAUGUCUGAACGGAGCAACUUGCUCACCAGGAACCAAUAGCUAUACCUGUGUUUGUGAUGCAGGUUUUACUGGAAUAAACUGUCAAACUGCAACAAGCCCAACACCUCCUUGUCUUUCAAACCCAUGUCUAAAUGGGGCAACAUGCUUAACUGGAACUAAUAGCUAUGUCUGUUCAUGCACUGCAGGCUUUACAGGAACAAACUGUCAAAACUCUGGAAAUGUAUGCAGUUCCGGUCCGUGUUUGAAUGGAGGUUUUUGUACUAAUUCUGCUGCUGGGACGUAUUCUUGUAUCUGCCAAUUUGGCUACUCUGGGGUCAGAUGUGAAACACCAAACAUAGAUCCUUGUCUGUCUAGCCCUUGUGUAAAUGGACUGUGCCUAAAAUCUUCUACAUCAUUCUCCUAUGUAUGUCUUUGUAAUGCUGGUUACACUGGUGCAAGAUGCGAUACACCUACAGCUGGAGCUUGUAGUUCCAAUCCCUGUUUGAACGGAGGUACCUGUGUGACCUCCAGUCCUACCUCCUAUACAUGUCUCUGCCUUCCUGGGUAUUCAGGGACCACAUGUCAAAUACAAUCUGCAGAUCCUUGUCUUUCUAGCCCUUGUGUAAAUGGAAGAUGCUUGAGAUCGUCGUCAACUUAUUCAUUUGUGUGUUUGUGCAAUGAUGGUUACAUAGGUGACAGAUGUGGCACCCUAUUAGAUCCUUGUCUGUCUAGCCCUUGUGUAUCUGGCGUGUGCUUGAAAUCCUCGACAUCAUUCUCAUACGAAUGUCUUUGUAAUAAUGAUUACACUGGCACAAGGUGUGAGAUACCACCAGCUGGAGCUUGUAGUUCCAAUCCCUGUUUGAACGGAGGUACCUGUGUGACCUCCAGUUCUACAUCCUAUACAUGUCUCUGCCUUCCUGGGUAUUCAGGGACCACAUGUCAAAUACAACCUGCAGAUACCUGUGACUCUUCUCCAUGUAAAAACAAUGCAAAUUGUAUCACAUUACCCGGGAACUCUAUCUUCUGUGAGUGCUUCAAUGGAUACACAGGAACCUAUUGUGAAGUUGUCCCAGAUCUUUGUUCUGUGCAGCCAUGCGAGAAUGGAGGCACUUGCUACCAGCUUUCUGACUUCCAUUAUCGGUGUGUCUGCGAAAAUGGAUUCUCCGGGUUGAACUGUGAAAUUCCUUCAGGUUAA